AUGGAGACAGCGCUAGCAAAAACACCAGAGAAAAGGCAAGUGGUCUUUCUUGCUCUAUUGUUGCUAUUGUGGGAGGCUGGCUCUGAGGCAAUUAGCUAUUCGAUGUCAGAAGAAACGGAGAGUGGCUACUUGGUAGCUAACCUGGCAAAAGAUCUGGGGUUCAGGGCUGGGGAACUGGCCACUAGAGGGGCACGAAUCCAUCACAGAGGAAACAAAGACCUCUUGCAGCUGGAUGCAGAGACAGGAAAUUUGCUUCUGAAGGAAAAGCCAGAUCGCGAGGCACUGUGUGGGGCGACAGAACCCUGUGUGCUGCACUUCCAGGUCAUACUGGAAAACCCUGUGCAGUUCUUUCAAACAGACCUGCAGCUCACAGAUAUAAAUGACCACUCUCCAGAAUUCCCUGACACAGAAAUGCUCCUAAAAAUUCAAGAAAUUGCCCAGCCAGGAACUGUGUUUCCUCUGAAGGCAGCUCAGGACUCUGACAUAGGGAGCAACGCUGUUCAGAACUACACAGUCAGUCCCAACCUCCAUUUCCACGUCGUUACUCACAGUCGCACAGAUGGCAGGAAAUACCCAGAGCUGGUGCUGGACAGAGCCCUGGAUAGGGAGGAGCAGCCUGAGCUCACUUUAAUCCUCACUGCUCUGGAUGGGGGUGCUCCACCCAAGUCUGGGACAACGACGGUUCGAAUUGAAGUCGUGGACAUCAAUGAUAACGCUCCCCAAUUUGUAAAGUCUCUCUAUGCUGUGGAGGUCCCUGAAGAUAGUCCCCUCAAUGCCUUAGUUGUCACAGUCUCUGCCAGAGACUUAGAUGCUGGGAUACAUGGCAAUGUAGCCUAUUCUCUGUUUCAAGACUCCGGAGGUUCUCCGCCAUUUGUAAUAGAUGAAAUUUCAGGAGAAAUUCGCCUUAAAGGGGCAUUGGAUUUUGAGGCAACUCCAUACUAUAACAUGGAAAUUGUAGCCACAGACAGCGGAGGUCUUUCAGGAAAAUGCACUGUGGCUAUACAGGUGGUGGAUGUGAACGACAACGCCCCUAAACUCACCAUAUCUUCGCUCACUCGUUCCAUCCCAGAAAAUGCUCCUGAGGCUGUAGUUGCUGUUUUCAGUGUUUCUGACCCAGAUUCUGGGGAUAAUGGAAGGAUGGUUUGUUCUACUCAGAACGAACUUCCAUUUCUUUUGAAGCCUACAUACGAGAAUUACUACACUUUAGUGACAGAAGGGCCACUAGACAGAGAGAGCAGAGCUGAGUACAACAUCACCAUCACUGUCUCAGAUCUGGGCACACCCAGGCUCACAACCCAGCACACCAUAACAGUGCAGGUGAUGGACAUCAAUGACAAUGCCCCUGUCUUUACCCAAACCUCCUACACCAUGUUUGUCCACGAGAACAACAGCCCCGCCCUGCACAUAGGCACCAUCAGUGCCACAGACUCAGACUCAGGCUCCAAUGCCCACAUCACCUACUCGCUGCUGCCACCUCGAGACCCACAGCUGUCUCUUGCCUCACUGGUUUCAAUCAACAUAGACAAUGGGCAGCUGUUCGCACUCAGGGCGCUGGACUAUGAGGUCCUGCAGGGCUUUGAGUUCCGCGUGAGCGCCACAGACCAAGGGUCUCCCCAGCUCAGCAGUCAGACUCUGGUGAGCGUGGUGGUGCUGGACGACAAUGACAAUGCGCCCUUCGUGCUCUACCCACUGCAGAACGCCUCUGCAUCCUGUACCGAGCUGCUGCCCAGGGCAGCAGAGCCUGGCUAUCUGGUCACUAAGGUGGUGGCUGUGGAUCGCGACUCUGGGCAGAAUGCCUGGCUGUCAUUCCAGAUGCUCAAGGCCACAGAGCCUGGGCUGUUCAGCGUGUGGGCGCACAAUGGCGAGGUGCGCACCACCAGGCUUCUGAGCGAGCGUGAUGUACCCAAGCACAGGCUGCUGUUGCUGGUCAAGGAUAAUGGCGAGCCUCCACUCUCUGCCAGUGUCACUCUGCAGGUACUGCUUGUGGAUGGCUUCUCUCAACCCUACCUGCCUCUGCCAGAGGUGAGGCGUGACCCCUCACAAGAGGAAGACUUGCUUACUCUGUACCUGGUUGUUGCCUUGGCCUCUGUGUCUUCGCUGUUCCUCCUGUCUGUGUUAUUGUUCGUGGGAGUAAGGUUGUGCAGGAGGGCCAGGGAGACCUCUCUGGGUGCCUGCUCUGUGCCUGAGGGACACUUUCCUGGCCACUUGGUGGAUGUCAGUGGUAUGGGGACAUUGUCCCAGAGCUACCAGUAUGAGGUGUGUCUGACCGGAGAUUCUGGGACAACAGAUUUCAAAUUUCUGAACCAUCAUUCCCAAUAGUGUCCUUCAGGAACCCUCAUUAAACUUCAGUGUUAGGGUCACCCAUGUUUUGGUAACUGAAUACGAUUAGUUUCUUGGCUAUUAACAUUUUUGUUUGCAUUUAACAAUUUUUCCUUGUGACAAUAUAUUCCUAUGUUGAUUUUACUCAUAAUUUUUCUUUCAUUACUUUCUUUUCUUUCUUUUUUUUAUUUCUGUGCUUCGUAUUUUACCAAUCCAAUCUUAUUGUAGGUUUUUUCUUCACUAAUUUGAGAGGGGAAUAAGAAACUUUGCUGUGCUUCUAUGGUCAGUUCAAAUACCGUUUAUAGGAAUCAUUUCUCUCUCUGCAUUUAUGGCUAUAUUUGGAAAUAUACCCACUUCAGAUUGUAUCUUGUUGAGGCUAUGCAUGUAACUUGCUAAGCAGUAUUUGUUUUGUUUUUAACAUUCACCACUGUGCAUUAACUAUGCUGACGUGCAAUGUUCAUUGGGAUAUUUUCAGAGAUGCAUAUACCACACCAUGAUAAUGAUCACCUAAUUACCACCUUCUAUUUUCUCCCCAUUAGCCUCCUAAAAGCCUCAUGUGCUUCCUGUGUUAGAGUGUGAUAAUUGAGCCUAAAUGAUCUGCAGUUUCAUUUAUUCCCAAAAGCAACAAUUUUAUUCUUCUUGAUGCCUAAGUAAGGCAAUGUGCAUGUGUGUGUUUUCCUACACCACACACUUAUUAUACAUGACGGCAAAGUAGCUUUGACUGCAGCUGAUGAAGUGUGACCAUAUGAUACAAUCAUUGUCAUAUUUUACAUGUUUUGUACACAAACAGAAGUAGGGCAAUUGAUUUAUUAUCUUUACUGACUACCACAAUUCGUAUUUCAAGAUUUUAUUUGCUUAUAUACAACCCUAUAUUGCUACUAAAAUGCACCAAAAAUGAUGUUUCUUGAUUUAAUCCAUUGUAAAUCAUGUAGUAUGCUUUCAUCUUGUACGAGUGGACAUUUAUUUAGCGAGGCAUGUGCUCAGUUGAUAAGUAGAAUUGUAAAUCAUGGAUAUAAAUGAUGACACAUUAAACCUUCAACAGAA